GGCCUCAGCCUUGUGUCCCCGGCCGCCGCCCCCGCUGCCGCGGGGUACCCGCCCCUCGCCUGCCUUUAGAGGGUAUAGGCGACAGCCCGGGCUUCAGGUGGUCGUACAGACGGGAAACGUUUCUCCGGAGCCGCGUUUUCCAGCUGGCGGCUCUUCUCUGCCGGGUCCAGGUCGGGGAGGAAAAUGGCGCCGGCGCCCCGAGGCGUCCGGGAGGAGCCGCUGCUGGAGUGUCGGUCGGGACCGCUUUCCCGGCUCCUGUUUCUCGCCCAGGCGGUCCUUUUCCUGCUGCCGGCCGCCCGGGCAGGACUCUGCCCCGCGCUCUGCUCCUGCCGCAUCCCUCUGCUGGACUGCAGUCGUAGGAAACUGCCUGCGCCGAGCUGGAGGGCGCUGUCGAGCCCGCUGCCCCCCGACGCCGCCAGCCUGGAUUUGAGUCAUAAUCGGUUGUCUAACUGGAACGUCAGCUUGGAAUCUCAAACAUUACAAGAAGUGAAAAUGAAUUAUAAUGAGCUGACAGAAAUCCCAUAUUUUGGAGAAUCAACCUCUAAUAUUACUGUACUCUCAUUAGUCCAUAAUAUAAUCCCAGAAAUAAAUGCAGAGGCAUUCCAGUUUUACUCUGCUCUCGAGAGUUUAGAUCUCAGUUCAAAUAUAAUAUCAGAAAUCAAGACAUCUUCAUUUCCUCGAAUGCAGCUUAAAUACCUGAAUUUGAGUAAUAAUAGGAUAACCAUCUUGGAGGCUGGUUGCUUCGAUAAUUUAUCGAGUUCCUUAUUAGUAGUAAAGUUAAACCGGAACAGAAUUAGCAUGAUUCCACCCAAGAUCUUCAAGCUACCUCACCUCCAGUUCUUGGAACUUAAAAGAAACAGGAUUAAAGUUGUGGAAGGUCUAACAUUCCAAGGGCUUGACUCCUUAAGAUCUUUGAAAAUGCAGCGGAAUGGAAUUAGCAAACUUAAGGACGGAGCUUUUUUUGGCUUGGAUAAUAUGGAAGAAUUAGAUCUCGAGCAUAAUAACCUUACAGAAGUGAACAAGGGGUGGUUGUAUGGCUUGCGAAUGUUAGAACAGCUCUAUGUGAGCCAGAAUGCUGUUGAAAGAAUCAGCCCUGAUGCAUGGGAGUUCUGCCAAAGACUAUCUGAACUUGAUUUGUCUUAUAACCAGUUGACCCGCCUGGAUGAAUCUGCUUUUGUGGGUCUGAGCUUACUGGAGAGAUUGAAUUUAGGGGACAACAGAGUCACUCACAUUGCUGAUGGUGUAUUUAGGUUUCUUUCCAAUCUUCAGACACUAAACUUAAGAAACAAUGAAAUUUCAUGGGCCAUAGAAGAUGCUAGUGAAGUCUUUGCUGGACUCACAAGACUCACUAAAUUAAUCUUACAAGGAAAUCAGAUUAAGUCAAUUACAAAGAAAGCAUUCAUUGGUCUUGAAUCCCUUGAGCAUCUAGAUUUGAACAGCAAUGCUAUAAUGUCUAUCCAAGAAAAUGCUUUUUCUCAGACUCGCUUGAAAGAACUGAUUCUGAACACAAGCAGUUUGCUCUGUGACUGCCAUUUGAAGUGGUUGCUUCAAUGGCUGGUUGAUAAUAACUUUCAACAUUCUGUGAAUGUAAGCUGUGCACACCCUGAAUGGCUAGCAGGGCAAAGCAUCCUGAAUGUGCAUCUGAAAGAUUUUGUCUGUGAUGAUUUUCUCAAGCCACAGAUAAGAAGACAUCCUGAAACCACAGUUGCUCUAAGAGGCAUGAAUGUGACUCUGACGUGCACUGCAGUGAGCAGCAGUGAUUCACCCAUGUCUACUGUAUGGCGCAAAGACAGUGAAAUCUUGUAUGAUGCUGAUAUUGAGAAUUUUGUUCGAUAUCAGCAGCAAGCUGGAGAAGCUCUGGAAUAUACUAGUGUCUUACAUCUUUUCAAUGUGAAUUUCACAGAUGAAGGAAAAUAUCAGUGCAUUGUUAGUAAUCACUUUGGUUCUAAUUAUUCUCAUAAAGCCAAACUGAUUGUGAAUGAGAUGCCAUCUUUUCUGAAAACUCCAAUGGAUCUAACUAUUCGCACUGGUGCCAUGGCCAGAUUAGAAUGUGCUGCAGAGGGGCACCCUGCACCUCAGAUUUCCUGGCAGAAGGAUGGUGGUACUGACUUCCCUGCAGCUCGAGAAAGACGCAUGCAUGUCAUGCCCGAGGAUGAUGUAUUCUUCAUUGCAAAUGUGAAAAUAGAAGACAUGGGAAUCUAUAGCUGCAUGGCACAAAAUAUAGCAGGAGGCCUCUCAGCAAAUGCCUCCCUAACAGUGUUAGAGACACCCUCAUUCAUUAGACCCCUGGAGGACAAGACAGUAAGCCGAGGUGAAACUGCAGUGUUACAAUGCAUAGCUGGAGGGAGUCCUGCCCCUCGCCUCAAUUGGACCAAAGAUGAUGGACCACUGCUGGUGACAGAACGACAUUUCUUUGCUGCAGCCAACCAGCUUCUCAUUAUUGUAGAUGCUGGGCUAGAAGAUGCUGGGAAAUAUACCUGCAUUAUGUCUAACACCCUUGGAACAGAACGUGGUCACAUUUACCUAAAUGUCAUUUCAUCUCCCAAUUGUGACUCUUCCCAGAGUAGCAUUGGGCAUGAAGAUGAUGGCUGGACAACAGUUGGCAUUGUCAUCAUUGUUGUGGUCUGUUGUGUUGUGGGCACCUCUUUGAUCUGGGUCAUUGUUAUUUACCACAUGAGAAGGAAAAAUGAAGAUUAUAGUAUCACAAACACAGAGGAGCUUAAUCUGCCUGCAGACAUUCCCAGCUACUUGUCAUCCCAAGGAACACUGUCUGAGCCACAGGAAGGCUACAGCAACUCGGAGGCAGGCAGUCAUCAGCAACUUAUGCCUCCUGCCAACGGAUAUUUACACAAAGGCGUUGAUGGUAGCACUGGUACCCGGGUUAUCUGCUCAGAUUGUUAUGACAACGCCAACAUCUACUCCAGGACCCGAGAAUACUGUCCGUACACGUAUAUUGCUGAGGAGGAUGUUCUAGAUCAGACACUGUCCAGCCUCAUGGUUCAGAUGCCAAAAGAGACAUAUUUGACAUAUUCUCCCCAAGAUGCCACUACCCUGGAAAGCCUGGUAUCGUCAGCAGAUGGAGAGAUGUCUGCCUUUCCCACCAACCAUGAGAGGCUAAAUGAGAAGAAACUUUCCUCCACACAGAUGAGCAAUGAAACAUUGCAGCGGUCUCUGUGGAACAUAAGCAAAGAAUUAGGCCUGCCUCAUGCUCCCUUUUCCCAGCAGCCAGUCCUUGAGUCACCACAACUCCAUCGAAAUGAAGGCCUGUCAGAGAGUGAUCCAGACUGUUCUGCUUCCCCCAUGCCCUGUCAUCAGUUACAUGACCAUGCUUUUGAUUUUAGUAGGACUCGGAACAUUCAAGAUGGUAGUGAGGGCACAUGAAACUCACUCUAGGAUAAAAUCUGGGCAAGAACUCUAAUUAAUUAAUUUUAUAUUUACUACCUCAGAGUUCAGAAGAAAUCCCCAAGUCAGCAUGUGCUUUAGUCUUUGUCUGCAAUUACAUCUGACCACACCAGGGUGGGCCCGACAUUUGUUUGGGCUUAUACCUGAUGAAGAAGGGGUAACGGCUGACAGAAAUGAGUACAUCUAAUAAAAAAUGUGCCGCACGGGCUGAGGAAGAUACAGGACAGACGCGCUUCCUGAUGGUUCCACGGGAUGUGCCCAGGUGUGCGUUGCUUAAUAGUAGGAGUCUGAUUGUCUCAACCCGCAGAAUGAUCCUGAGAAAACAUCACUGUUCUGUUUCCUCCAAGGAACAAAAAUAACUUGGGAGCCCUCUGGGAAGUAUGCCUGGGAUUCUUCACUGGUUUUAAGCGUAUAGUUGAGACUGGGGCUUUGAUAUUCAAGGUCUUCAGCAGGAAUCCGUGGCUUGACCAACUGUUACCAGGUCAAGGGGUUUUGUAUUCUUGCGAAUCUUUUUUUUUUUUUUUGGUUCCUGUCGGCCAGGCAUCUCAUUGUAAAUGUAUGUGGAUUUAUAAGUAAUUUUUGUAUUCAUUGACCAUAUGUGUUGGCUGCAAUGUAAAUAUUUUUGAUAUGCCAAAAUUAUAUAUAUUAUCCGGUUAUAAUACUGACAGCAGCUUCUCAAACCACAGACAGCUUUUGUAUAACUUGGUUUAGUGAGAUCUAAAGACUUUGUUUAAAGUUUUAAAAACAUAUUUGUUAAGUAUAUGUAUAGAGAGGCAGGGUACCUACUGAUUGCAUACACACAAACACAAUCUUGGUGUAAUUAACCACUUUCUUCAUACCUGAAGGUUCAUACAUCUAAUCAUUUGCCAUCUGUUUACAAGUGCCAGCUGAUACUACCUUUCUAGCAUUAAAAGGCUCUUUCAAAAGAGUAGCAGUCUAGUCAUAGCCAUAUGCAAAUAGAUAGAGGAAAACUUAUUUUGGAAAUGUCUUUCAGCAAAGUACUUACUUAACGAGGAAACCAAAGACUGUGUCUUUUCUGUGUUUGUUUUUUUAAUAUCUCUUCUACCAAUGCACAGUGUAUCUUAAGAAGGGAAGAAUGCUUUUGUGAGUGGAAGAACAUGCAGAGAUUCUUUUACUAUAAAGCUUUGGAGUGGUCCUUGUCUUGUACAAGUGAUUAUUUAAGCCAAAAAGUUUUCUCGAAUUUCUGAUAGCAAAAAGCUUUGGGUAAACAAAGGACUUAACACUCUAAUGGAAUGUAGUGGACUAAAGUUCAUUCUUUGUGCUUUUGGAUUUCCUUACACAGGCUUUCACAUUCUAUCCUCUAAAUCUAGUAAUUACUAGUUAGUUACUAGAUAACUUCCAUCACUUAAAUGAAAAUAUCUAUUUCUAAGUCAUUGUGCAUUUCAUGGGUUCUAAACCCACAUAAUUUCUCAGCUUUUUGCCAGGAAGUUUAGCUGAAUUUCACACUAGUUUUCAAUCCUAAAUUUUCUCCCAUAGGCAGCAGCACUUCUUUGGCUGUUUUGUACCACCAUGCGUUUUCUCUUUUUCCUUUUUAAACUGUUAGCCUCUCUUCAUUUUCACUUUGAAAUUCUUAAAUAUCACUAUUUUCCUAUCCCUUCAAUUUGUGAUUUCUCUUCUUACUUACUAGACUGUAGUAUGAUUUGUACUGGACUGACUUAGAAUCAAGGGACCUGAUUUAGUUCCUAGCUCUGCUGCUUACUAGUUGUGUAAUCAAGGGCAAAUCCUUUUACGUCUCAGCCAGAUUUUCUCAUUUAUGGAAUGAGGGCGUUUUACUGGAUGCUUUAAAGCCGUUUCCAGCUAUAACAUUCUAUGAAUCUGUGAUCCCUCCAGGAACCAAAGAGGAUUAUGCUAUUCUAAUAAAAAGCUGCUUUCAUGAAAUGUUUGUUAGAAUAGAACAAGAAUGAUGCUGCUUGCUCUGAUUUGAGCCAGAUUUAUUUCCUCUAGCAGGAGUAGUGGUAUAAGAAAUAUGAGAAGAAAUAUUCUGCUGAACAGUUAUCAGUAAAUGUAAAGAAUCUUGACUUGAUUGAAAAUCACCCGUUGUUCUCUAGAACAGCAGGUCUGAGUGGUAGUGUUACAGCACAUCAGAGUGUCAGAAUCAGUUGAGAGGUUUGCCACAGCUAAUUUGUAACGUUUGUGACUCACCUUUCUAAUGUGACUCACCUUUCUAAUGUAGUCAAGGUUAUCCCUAUAAUUACAGUACUCUCAUUCAAAUUCUGAUAAACUUUCUUGAAUGAAAAGGGGAGAGUUAGAGCUAGGCUGUAAGUGAGAGUCUGCUGUAGUGUGUGAGAGACAAAAAACAAAAAAAAUGUGAACCAGUGCCCUGGAAAACUUACAGUGUAUGAGGGCUGCCUCUGUGCUGCAGCAGUGGUCCUUCUACUGCCAGUGGUGUCCAAGUCUGGUCUCCUGAAUGGCUAGGUUCUCCAUUACGUCAGCUCAGAUGGUUGAGACACCCUCCCAGAUAUUGCUAGCUUGUCUGAAUAACAAAAAAACUAGCCUAAAAAACUAGUCAGGAAUUUAAAUGUGAAUAGCUUACCCCUGGUCUUAAAAAUGUAAUAAUAAAUUUAACAAAUUCUAAUCUUAGGAGAAGGAAUUCCUGAAACUUUUCAUUAUUGCCUAUGUUUUUGACCAAGCAGUGAUUUAACCCUCUCCUGUAAGCAGGAUUGGUAGCUCAUCAGUAUUUCUUCCCAACAGUAUAAUGUCUGCCUACUGCCAGUUUAAUCAGGGAUGUUGCAAAGCAAGGCAAACUAAAAUGCUGAGAGAAAUACUCUCUGCCCCCCCUCCCCACCCAGUUAUCAUUUCAUAUCAUUAGGUAUACAUAAACCCUCUUAGUUUUGUUGUGCCCCUCUUAGACUGCUUCUUCCAGUCUACCUGGAAGAAUAAAUAGCAUUUUCCUUAAACUCCAAGCCUUACCCGCACAGGUCUACCCUUGAGCCAUUGGCUUUCUGUCACUCUACAGCUUCUAAAGUGCUUUCCCUAGUAUGCAGGUUACUCUGUAGAAGAGGAAAGAUCAGAAACCCAGCCCAAUGUGCAGUUCCCUCUAAUGUGCCAUCUCAGAAUGCUAUCAAUGUGUAUUUUUCUGUGAGGUAACUUUCAUGUUUAAAAAUAAUUGCCUUUACGUUGCGCAUUGGGAGGAUGUAAAAGGAACAUUAAGAUGUCGAGCAACUUAGAAUCUGUUAUCCAUUUUCCUAAAAAAAGGGAGAUAUGAUAAAACUCUUUAAUUACUUAAAGAGUUACAUAUGAAAUAAGGAUUAAAUUCACUCUGUUUAUUCUAGAGGUCAGGGAUCAUAUCAGUAGGGCAGAAGUUACAGGGAGAUACAGUGUGUACUUGCUAAUAAUUCUAUAUAAGCUAACUCUAACAGAUUUGUCUGACAAUUGGAAUAAUCAGCUUUCCAUGGGAAAAAUAAAUGCAGAAACUAAUCAUGUGUCAAUAGCAUUGAAGAAAUUUCUGCAUUGAGGUGGAAUAUGGGCAAGAUGACUUUAAGGUCUCUUUCAGUUUUAUCAUUGGAAAUCUCCAGAAGCAGUCUGACAGAAAACUUUGUCCUUCAGAAUCCUUUACAUAUAGUAAGUGUAGAGCACUUCAGAACUUUUUUUUUAGUUAAAGAAUUUUGAUCUUUGGUUGACAGAAGGGGCCUGAUCUGUGUUAAUGUCCGAAAACAUGAGACUCUGGGCUUAUUCUUCUGAGGAAAUCUGUAACUAGUUACUGACACAAACGGCAUUAACAUAAUAAAAAUUUUAAAAGCCUAUAGUGUAUUAUAACCCUCCCUUUUACUCUUUGAUUAAUUUUUAUUCCUGUUUCUUCUUGUCAGUGGGACUCUAUUUGGAAUGGGGAUGGGUUUGUGAUGUUCAGUUUUAUAUCCAAUAUUUUACCCAAAUGUUUUAUGGCCUUUUCUAAUCAUUUUAAUAUCCACAGAAAUGCCAGAAGGGUAAUGGAGCAACAGAGAGGUAAAUUUGCUGUCAUUUUAUGCUACAUCUUGCUUUUUUAAUUUUGCUUCUUGAUGCAGAUGACUGAGGUAAUUGUGAAAUAGUUGGACCUUAGGAGGCUGAGCUAACGUUUUUUGGCAACCUGUAAGUAAGCUUUUAUUUUUCUGCUACACGGUGUCUUUCCCAGGUCAGUUUCGCAGAUGUUUUUACCUCCUGCUUCUUCUAACUUAGAACUUUUUUGUUUGGAGUAGUACAGUCUAAACCAACAUCAGUUAGCUUUAAUUUUCUUUCUUUAUAUUUUGAACAACUGCCUGGUUUGUUGACAAAAUAACAGAUUCUGAAUUAAGAGAUAUAUCACAAGCUGCUCUUAACGAAACGCCUGAAAGCCCACGAAUCAUUGUGAGUAGUAAGGUGUGUGUGUGUGUGUGUGUGUGUGUGUAAGAGUGAUAUUUGGACUUGCUCCCUCAAGGCUGUGUGUCGAGUGUUUCUUAGCAGUCCUAAGAACCACCACCGAUGGGUGGGGUGAAGGUGAAGAAAUAGCUCAGUGUGAGCCUGGUUUUCAGUUUUUAUCAGCUGUAACGGUCUUGAAAAAGAAAUUGAUCAUCAGGUGUCAAGUGCCCUUGGAAUAUCUCUUGGCUGCUUAAAGUGGCCCUUGAUUCCUAGAGAGACUCUGUCUACCCUCUUAUUUCCCCUCUGUUCUCCCUUUUUUCCCCUAUCAGAGGAUGUCUGCCUGAGCAGCCCUGGUACUAGAUGUACCUAAAGAGAGUUAUCAGCCAAGUUGUUGUUCAGUGUGGCCCUUUCCUAGUAUCUAUUUAUAUUUUCUCACACAUGAGAAUGUAUAUUUUAUAAAGCAUGUGUUUGUCCUACUUGUUUGUCUGCUGUAAUAUGUCUUCAAUAAAGAUAAAAUACAUUAUGA